GGUACGCACGUUUACAAACGAUAACGGCAAUACAGCAAUUGAGCAAUCCGUUAAUAGUUUACACUUUAAUCUAUGCAUACACUAAUAAUAUGAUAUAUAAUUAAUUACAUUUCCGGGUAGCAACAAUUUUGCAAUAGGACAUAAAUUGUGAGUGCCAAAAGAUAAAUUUGUUGAGACAAUCGUCGGAAAAUCUACGCCACAACAGAAAAGUCGUUGUAACAGUUUUUUACGGUCUGAGUGAUAGAUACCAAAUAGAAAAAAAAUGUCAUUGACGAAAAGACUACUGCAUGCCCUGAUCAUGGGUGCUCCAGGUUCUGGAAAAGGAACUGUGUCAGAACGGAUAGUCCAAUCUUUUGACAUGUUACAUAUAUCCAGUGGUGAUUUACUGCGGAAAAUGAUACGAGAAAAGACUGACUUAGGCACCCAAGUCAACAAAUUUGUUUCCAACGGGCAACUCGUGCCUGAUGAACUCAUGUUAAAAACUAUUGGCGGCGAGUUGAAUCGCUUGUCAUCAGCUGAUCGCAGCUGGCUUCUGGAUGGCUUCCCAAGGACCAAACCACAGGCACUGAGCCUAUUCAAAAUAGCACCUGUUCAAGUAGUAAUUAGCCUCGAUGUGCCCUUUGAUAUCAUCAUCAAUAGAGUUAAAGGUAGGUGGAUACAUGCAUCAAGUGGACGAGUCUACAACACGGAUUUUAACGCACCCAAGGUACCCGGCUGUGAUGAUAUUACUGGUGAACCAUUAAUGCAACGCGACGAUGAUAAGCCAGAAUUCGUUAAGAAACGUUUGGAAAUAUACUCCGAGAUGGCUGGACCCAUUUUAGAAUAUUAUGCUGAGCAAAAUGUUUUGGUAAAAUUCUCAGGAAAAACUACCAAUGAAAUUUGGCCUCAAGUUUACAAAUACUUGACCACCAAGAUUGAACCCAAGGAAAAACUUGCAUAAGAUUUAUAGAUAUUACAUAUCCCAAUGUAUUAAAUAUUGUUCUAAUUUUAUACUGAAAAACUGAUAUUAUAUAGGUAUUUUAUUUAUUAUUUGUUAUUACUGUUGUUACAUGUGACAUGUUUGGUGCUAUUCAAAGAAUUAAAAAUUAACAUUUUUUCUGGUGCUUAAUAA